AUGGUUCUUAGUGAUGAAGAAGAAAAAACAAUUAAUACGACACUCAUAGUUUGCAACUCUCUAAGCUUUAUAGGCUGCUUUUUCAUACUACUUAUGUAUCUAUUUUUCAAAGAACUCAGAAGUUUUUCAUUUAGACUUGUACAAUAUAUGUCAAUAAUUGAUCUUUUUCAUUCAAUUACUCUUAUGCUCCCAUGAGAUGAAUCAAACUGGUGAUGCAUUAUCCAAGCAUCUUCUCUUCAAUAUACAGCUCUGAGCAGCAUUGUCUGAAGUUUAAUAAUAGCAUAUGCUCUCUAUGACUCCGUCAUCAACCAAAACUCUAAAGUUGAGCUUAACGAAAUAAAAUUUAUUUUAGUGGGGUAUUUGUCUCCUAUUCUUACGGCAAUACCUCCUUUUUUUACUAACAGCUAUGGAAAAGCUGAAGGCUGAUGUUGGAUGAGGAUUAGGGAAGAUCAUUAUACAAUAGACGUUACUUGGAGAUUUAUGCUAUUUUAUAUACCUAUAUGAAUUAUUUUUAUCAUAAGUAUCAUAAUUUAUUACAGGAUUAUCAAAUAUGUUAAUAAACAGUUCAAAGGAGUUGCGGAUUCAAGUGAGUUUAACUUAAAAAAAGCACUAAUAAGAAGACUUAUACUUUAUCCUCUAAUCACCUUUUUUUGCUAUUUAUUAGUAACAGUGAGGAGGAUUUAUGAUUUUUUUGACCCAAGAGAAUCUUAUUUUCCAUUAGCAGAAUCUUCAGCAAUUAUGAUUUCAUUGACUGGAUUUUUUAAUGCUUUUGUGUAUGGAUUUACUAGCUCAGUAAGAUAUGCUAUAAAGCAAGCAUGGGCAAGUAGGAAAAAAGAUUCAAUUGACUCGAGAAACUCUCAGAGUUUAUCUCAGUAUCCUCAUUAUACAGGAUUUUAA